AUGCCUUGGAUAGGUUUGAUUUCUUCUGUUGGCUGCGCCGCAAUACUUUUAUAUUUGUUGAAAAAAUGUCUAAAACAAAAAUUAGUUAUACGUUCAAAAACAGUUUUAAUUACGGGAAGUUCUUCUGGACUUGGAGAAGCAUUGGCAAGACGAUUUUUUAGUGAACAAUGUCAAUUAAUACUUGUUGCACGACGUCUCGAUCGUCUUGAAAAAUUACGCAAUGAAUUAAUGGCAUCAGAACCUUCAUAUCCUAAGCCACAUUUAAUUCAAUUGGAUUUAUGUGAAUUAAGUACAUUGAACGAUAAACUGAAAAAUAUUGGUUCUGUUGAUAUAUUAAUUAAUAAUGCGGGUCAAAGUCAACGUGGUUCUGUUAUAGAAACAAAAUUUGAUAUUGAUACACAAAUAAUAAAUUUAAAUUAUCUCUCGUUAGUGGCAUUAACAAAAAUUGUACUCUCGUCGAUGACUGAAAGACGAACGGGUUGUAUUGUAAAUAUUUCAAGUUUACAAGGAUUGAUCGCUGUUCCUGAACGAAGUACGUAUUCAGCGAGUAAACAUGCUGUACAAGCAUUUAGUGAUUCAUUGAGAAUGGAAUUAGCCGAGUUAGGUUUAAAUGAUAUUCAUAUCUGUGUUAUUAGUCCGUCUUAUAUUAAAACUGAACUGGCACAACAAGCUUCGUCAGCGGCUAAUAAGACGUCGAAUAAUAUGUCAUCAGCCUAUGAACCAUCUUAUGUGGCAGAACGUAUUUUAAAAGCAAUUCAGUACAAAGAAACUGAUGUUCUUAUUUGUCCAUUUCAUCAACGUUUAGUGAUUUGGUUGAGGUUCUUCUGGCCUUAUUUGUUUUUUCGAUUAAUGAUUAUUAGAAAUAAACGUUUAAAAUCUAGACAAAGUAACAGAUGA